UCAAAAAUCUCACGUUGCUGGGAAACGCUGAAAAAAUAUGCACAAAAUAUAUGGCAUACAUGUUGACCACAACCCGUUUAGCCAUCAUAAACCAAAUGUGUUACGCAGUUUAGUUCGUACUUAUCCUGCUACGUGUAUUCGCUUUCCGGAGGCACUGUAAAUUGGCUCCUCUAAAUCCCGCAGACUGUGUGCAAGGAAAGACCUCGGGUGCGCAACAGAGAGAGAGAGAGAGAGAGAGAGAGAGAGACUGCGCGCGCCGUGAACAAACGGUUUCAUACCGUGUGCAUGUGUAUGCGAGAACUGAAGGAGAUCAGCAGAGCGUUGAAGAAGAAUGAUACCGUGCCUGUGAGAGUCGGAUAAAUAAACAAGACUGUUGUAAAACUCCUACUCCUAGUCGUGAUCACGGGAGACUACGCAUGUAAGAUUCGUUACAUGUCACUGUCAGUUCUAGUCAGUGCAUACAGUAAGAAGACCAGCCGCGUAGUCGCUUUCAUAAUGCUGGCGUGAGAAACACACGACGGGGGACUGAAAGUGCAAAGGAGGGCCAGUGAACGGCUCCCCCACAAACGACUGUAGGGCUCCAGCAUGUCGAACCGAAAGCACCGGGACAACCAGGAGAUAUGCGCCCGCAAGGUCCGGGAGCUCGCGCAGACGGGAGUGAACAAGCACUGCUUCGAGUGCAAUCAACCCGGGGUGACUUACAUCAAUAUCACCGUGGGCUGCUUCGUAUGCACAUCAUGCUCUGGAAUGCUGAGAGGGCUCAACCCACCCCAUAGAGUUAAGUCUAUCUCCAUGACAACCUUCUCCCAACAGGAAGUGGAAUUUUUGCAAAACCAUGGCAACCAGGUUGGAAGGAGGACUUGGCUCUGCAUGUUUGACCCAAAAGCAGAUGGCUGUUUUGAUGCACGUGACACGCAGAAACUGAAAGAGUUCCUCCAGGACAAGUAUGAGAGAAAGAAAUGGCAUUUCUCUAAAAACAAGAUUCGCAGGGAUGCAGAGACACCAUGGGGCCCAGGGGUUCAGGCUGUUCCAGCUCCACACGGGCCCGCUCAGAGUCAGCCUCCACCUGUAUUCCACACCAACUCCACUGCCCGGCCCACUCGUACAUUGUCCCAGUCCCAGUCCCAGUUGUCAAUAUGGGACAGAGCUUCUGGUGUGUCUCCAUCAGAUAGCCGUCCAGAGGUGUUCACAGCCAGACCAACUCGCUCACAGAGCUUCAGAGACCAUCCUAUUAAAGACACAUUGUUAAGUGGUAUUGAGAGACAGAGGCCAGGGACAAUUUCUUCAGGAAUAGGACCUCAUAGUCAUCUCUCCUCCUUCCCCGCCCUUCCACGUCCUUCAGCAAGUAGCACUUUUAAAAACAGCUUUACUCUUGGUCGCACUCUGUCAACGGGGGGUGGAGCUCCAUUUAGACCCUUCCCUAAAUCGCUGAGUUUGGAUUUUGGUGGUCUAAGCCAUGGCCACAACACUCUAAGUUCUGCUGCUCCGCCCUCUGUCACUCAGGAUAAGUAUGCAGCCUUGUCACAGCUUGACAAAGUGCUCUUGGACAACACACCUGUCACAGCCAUUUCAAUGACUCCCUCAGAUGGACCCCCUCAGUAUAGCACCCUCUUUGGUAACCGAUUGUCCUCAAGUUCCACCCCUGCAAGCUCCCCAGGUGUUCCAGAGACCACAUCUGGAUCGCAAACUUUUGCAAAUUUCCCAAACCCCUUCAAUUCUACAGCCAGCUGUGCUCAGCCUGUUCUGUCUCCCAGUAACCCCUUCAAAAGCACAGCCACAGAUGAUGCCCCCUCCUCAGCAGUCUGUCCUCAGUCUGUCUCUUUUCCUGCACCAACCACCCAAAGUGCUUUUUCACACCAACAGUCUAACCAGGAAGCGAAUGGUUUCAACUCAUAUCCUGCCCCUGAGUCCAUCCCGAAAGUCCCACGACCAAUGUCUGUCAACCCUUUUACUGGGAAUGUUUACUCUAGCAGAGGAGCAUCACUGAAUCCUUUCAUCUGAUCCUGAACCACCUUGACCAUGGAGAAAAAAAGAGAGAGAGAGAGUAACAGAGAGAAAGCUUAUUUUGCCAUGGCUAAAGAAAAUGACCUCCUCUGGUUGGUCCCUGCCUUGUGUGUGUGUGUGUGUGUGUGUGUGUGUGUGUGUGUGUGUGUGUGUGUGUGUGUGUGUGUGUGUGUGUGUGUGUUCAUGUAUGUUUAAAUGUGUGGGUGUUUGUUAGCAUACAUUGUACAUGAUACUAUUUGUACAUGCUUUGUUAUGUGUGUGUUUGUAUGUGCCCUUUUGUACCGGAUGCUAGAUGCCGAAUUUGUGUGUGUGUAAACGUGUCUGUGGGUUUUGCCAAAUAUCAGAAGAAUUUUUUUUUGAUAGCAGGAGAACCUCUGGUGAAAAUGUGCUUAUGAGAGCUUUUAAGCAUAACACACACACACACACUGCUGCUUUGACCUUAUGCUACUGCCAUACAGUAGAACAUCUUGUGCAAACAUCCCCAUAGCCUGAGUGUUUACUUACUUUAGUGAAGGUUCAAACUAUGAGGUUGACACAUUACAGUAAAACAGUAGCAAUUUAAGCUUCACAUCAUCUCACUAAUCCAUUUUUCUCAGUGCUGAUUUGGUUUAAAUGAUGCAGAUGCAUGUUAAUAAGAUGGCAUAAAUGGCACAGGCUGUCUAUGUAUGUAUGUGGCGCUUGUUUCUAUUUAUUUUGACGUUUUUUAAAAAAUGUUUACAGUGUAUUUGUGUGUGCAUUGUUGGACUGCAUGCGCUUCACAAGCAGAGCAGAAAGCUGCUGUAUGUAAUGCAUUGUUUCAGUGAUAACUGAGGGAAAAAGCUUCUUUUUAAAGUGUGUGGACCAAAAAUUGUCUAAUAUUGUCAAGUUUUCUGUACAACAAAGCAAUUGUUUUAUUUGCAAAAAAAAGGUUCUUAUAGAAUAUCUUUGUAUUGAGAUGUAUCCAUAUGCAUAAAGCUAUCCAUAACUGUUGUGUCAAUGUGUAUCUGAUUGUCUAUGUGCUGCGAAUCAAACUGAAUUAGCUGCUUUUGCAUUUUCAUGCAAUAUCUUUUUACAACAGCAUCAUUUAUAUUUUUCUGUAAAGAUCAUAAUCGCAUUAUGAAUGUAUUUGCACUCUAUGAACAUUAGGGCUUUGAACUCAAAUUAAAAUGA